GUGGUGUUGUGAGUUUACAAAUUCGGCCACCGCACUCAGCAGCAGUUUGUGAUUGAUCGCACAUCGACCAACUAACGCCCUCAAGUAACAAACAGUGAAAGCAAAAUUUGUUCGAGUAUUGAAAAAGUUUCGGUGAUUUUCCCAUUGGGGCUGUGCCAGUAACUUUCCUGUGACAGUUGAAAAAUGACGACUCCAAAUGCAGAUAUGAUGAUAAAGAUGGAAGGAACCGAAAUCCAGUCCUAUCUGGAGUCGUUCAAUAAAGAAAUUGGCGAAGGCGAGAACGACGUCGAGUCCCAAGUGAAUGAAGAGGAUGAAGACGAUGACGAUGAGGAUGCAGGAUGCUAUUUUGUAGACCAGAGUGGCAAUUACUACUAUCAGGCUACCAAAGACUCCGAACCGGUUUUAACCACGGCUCCACCAGAUGGAGAAAUUGAAGAGGAAGAAGAAGAAGUAGAAGAAGAAGUGACUACGGAAGACCACAGCUUGACACAACCCAAAAAAGAGGAUAGCAAGGAUAUAAGCUACGUACUGAUCAUGCAAGACGAAGCGCAGAAGGAGGAACCACCGCAAGAAAAUGAUGAAGAAGUAGAGGAAAACGUUUAUGAAUUUGAAGAUCUUGAAUUGACGGAGAUAUCGAAAGCAGGCAGUAGUAAAGUAGUUAGGCUCACGCAAGCCAAGAGUGGCUCGAAACAUAUGUGCAAUUAUUGCAACUACACGACCAACAAACGUUUCCUGUUGGCACGUCAUAUGAAAUCACACUCGGAAGAUCGCCCUCACAAGUGUUCCGUUUGCGAACGAGGCUUCAAAACCCUGGCAUCCCUACAAAAUCACGUUAACACCCACACCGGAACCAAACCACAUCACUGUAAACACUGUGAAAGCACGUUCACCACGUCCGGUGAGCUUGUGAGACACGUGCGCUACCGUCAUACACUUGAAAAACCUCAUAAAUGUCCCGAGUGCGAUUACGCCAGUGUUGAACUGAGCAAACUGAAGCGUCACAUCCGGUGUCACACCGGCGAACGCCCGUAUCAGUGUCCCCAUUGUACCUACGCUUCGCCAGAUACGUUCAAGUUGAAAAGACACUUGCGGAUUCACACCGGAGAGAAACCCUACGAAUGUGAUGUCUGCCAUGCACGAUUCACCCAGUCCAACUCACUAAAGGCACACAAGUUGAUUCACCAAGUUGGCGACAAACCGGUGUUUCAUUGUGAACUUUGUCCCACGACAUGCGGUCGAAAAACGGACCUCCGCAUUCACAUCCAAAAACUACAUACCCCUGUGGAGAAACCCCUCAAGUGUCGGCGGUGCAACAAAGUGUACCAGGACCGUUACACCUACAAAAUGCACACCAAAACACACGAGGGCGAAAAAUGUUACAAAUGCGACCUCUGCCCAUACGCUUCGAUUUCGGCGCGCCAUCUCGAGUCGCACAUCCUGGUGCAUACGGAUCAGAAACCAUUUCAGUGCGAAAUGUGCGAGCAAUCCUUCCGGCAAAAGCAGCUGCUGCGGCGCCAUAUCAAUCUAUACCAUAAUCCAGACUAUGUGCAGCCAACUCCGAAGGACAAAACGCACAAAUGUCCCAACUGUCCACGCUCGUUCCGGCAUAAGGGUAAUCUAAUUCGGCAUAUGGCUUUACACGAUCCUGAGUCGUCGGCAUAUGAGGAAAAGCAAGCCCUCAAAGAAGGGCGCCAGAAAAAGGUUAACAUCACCUUGGAACAAGUGGAUGAAUUCGAAACUGAAGAGGAAGAUGAGGCAGAAGAGGAAGAUGAUGACGAGGAGACAGAGGAAGAAAUGAUGACAGUCGAGGGUGAAGACGGCCAAUAUGUUGUGCUGGAAGUUAUUCAACUACAAGAUGAGGAGGAGCAAAAGCCAAAACCGGUUAUUAAAACAGACACAGAUGUCGCUUUUGAGGAAGUCAACAUUCCGGAAGAUCGGGACGCACUAGCGGGAACCACUACAGAUUUCAUUCUUAGUGAAGAUUUGACCAAUCAGAUGCUUAUGAGCUCGUACCAACCACCUGCAAAGAAAGCGCGUUACGAAUCGGUAUCACAGAGCACCGACAUUGAGAAAGAUAUGAGCAACUGUUUCGGAUUUGAUGACGACGAAGAUGACUCAGAAGGUAAACCAAACAUUACCUUGCUCCACUGAAGAGUUAGAUGAUGCACAACACUGAAUUGUUAACGUCGAGUAUGAUACAUAUAUCAAACGAUAAUAAAGCAAUGCAGGCUGCUUUACGUUAAUAAUCAACAACCCUAGUCAAAGUGAUUUUUAAGGCACUUUGUAAGCGCUUGGUAUAUUGA